AUGUACCAGAAGAUUCUAGCCGAUCCGCUCACCUUUGGCUCCGACAUUGACACAGAAGCCCGAAGCAUCCUGGCUAGUCUUUUCAACAGAGAUCCCUCGAAACGAAUUGGAAUAAACGGCGCCGAGGAGAUCAAGAAGCACCCAUUCUUCGUAAACCACAUUCACUUCGGGAGGCUUCUACAGAAAAAGAUCGAACCGCCGUUAAGCCGGUGUAUCAAGUCCGUCGCUAUAAGUCCCGAUGUUUCCAACUUCGAUACUGUCUUCACGGCAAAGGCGCCUAUUGACAGUUAUGUUGCUGGCUCCCACCUCUCAUCUACCGUCCUCAGUUCGCUCAGUUUCGCUGGUGUGUCAAUUACGACGUCCUUGUAG